ACCACAAGAAAAACGGAAAUAGAAUCGAAACCCCACCUCAAAUCAAAAGCAAACGCGCUUUUCCGUUCAAAAGUCGUCGGGAUUUUUUUUCUCUUCUCUCGACGGUAGUCGCCGUCAACGCCUUCGGUGUCCCUUCGGGGAUAUCCAAUCUACAAAAAAAGGUCUCCGACGCCUUUUCAUUGAAGACCUUUCUCAUCUUAUUUAUCGAUAUCACCAACUUCUCCGAUAACUCUGAGAAGUUGGAGGAAAAUCCAUCAGUUUAAAUUAUCGAUAAUAAUGGGGUGCAGCAGCAGCAAGACCGCUGAUGCUGUCACAAUUUCGCGAUGGCGGUCCACUGGAAUCGUUGCUUUACGCGACUCCAAAUUGAAGACAUUUCCUGAUGAAGUUUUUGACCUGGAAAAAUCUGUACGUACCCUCGACUUAACACACAAUAAAAUGGUUGAAAUUCCAAUGGAGAUCAACAAAUUAACCAACUUACAACGUCUUAUUUUAGCCAAUAACAUUAUUGAGCGCCUUCCCAUGAAUCUGGGAUUGCUCCAGUCUUUGAAAGUGGCAACAUUUGAUGGGAAUCGAAUCACAAACUUGCCUGAUGAGUUGGGGCAGUUGGUGAAACUUGAGCGUCUGUCUGUCUCAGCAAACCUUUUGACCAGCUUGCCUGACACAAUCGGGAGCUUGCGGAGUUUGGUUUUGUUGAAUGUUUCAAACAACAAGUUAAAGUUUCUUCCUGAAUCAAUUGGAAGUUGCUGCUCAUUGGAAGAACUGCAAGCAAAUGAUAACUCCAUUGAAGAGCUUCCUGGUUCAGUUUGCAAUCUCAUUCAGCUAAAAUCACUCUGUUUGAACAAUAAUAAUCUCAAUCAGAUGCCUUCAAAUUUAUUAAGAGAAUGCAAGGGCUUGCAGAACAUAGCCCUACAUGGCAAUCCCAUCACUAUGGACCAAUUUCAACAAAUGGAAGGAUUUCAAGAAUUUGAAGCCAGGCGUAAAAUGAAGUUCGACAAACAAAUUGAUUCAAAUGUGAUAAUUAGUUCUAAAGGGCUUGAUGAGGGUGUUGAUCUGUGAUAUACCAAUACAGCUGUAAAUUUUUUGGGUGGAAAUGUGACGCGUUAAAAUUGAUUGAUUUCAAUGAACAGUUAUUGCUGCUGACUGCGAAGAAUUUGCUCAGGAAUGGAAUUGUUAACUUGGACAAACUGGGCAAUGUAUGUAUGAUGUGUUAGAAUAAUUGUACAUGGUCUAUAUCACUUGUUUCUUUUCUUUUUGUAAAAGCUAUGUAUAUAUUUACUCAAAACUUGUUAUAUGUGCAAACCUUUUGUAACAUAAAAUUAUCAGUCCUUAAUAACAUGCACAUAAGUAUCUACAGAGCUCCA